UCUUGCAAAAAGAUCCCCACCUAACGCUUCAUCCAACGGCCGAUGUUUGAUCAGAAAAAAAUCUCAUUUCCCGACCGUGGGAUCAGAACCAAAAAACUCUAGAACCAUCUCUAAUCCCCGUUCGGUGCACCGUGACCCUAACCCGAAUAAAUACACCCUCAUCUCUAACAUAACCCUAAGUAAAAUUCAUCAAAAUUCUCAGCACCUAACACCGUUUCAAAUCCUUCUCGAUUGCACCGUCGUAACCGGCAUGUGUGUAUGAAUUUUGAGGUGUUGGUUAUCUUUGAUUAAAAUGAGCAGUAUUCAAAUUGCUGCAAUUAAUCAUGGGAUUAACGUCCCAAAAGUAUCUCAGUUGAGACACAGUUUUCAUUGUGGACCAUGUUUACUGCCUAUGCGUUUUGACCCUCUCUUUGUGAGUUCUCUGAGCCUGAGAACUGAACAUUCUUCUCGGCAAUCUCUCCAUGUUUGUUUCGCCGGUGGACAGGGAAUGAUGGAAAAUAAUGGGGAUUUCCAGAGGAAAUCUCUUCAGGAAGCUAUGGGACAAUUGAAGGGACAGUCAUUAGAGGAUAUGUUGCGAGAGCAAAUGCAAAAGGGAGGAAGUGGGGGCAGUCCUCCAGGAGGACGAGGUGGCAGUGGUGGUGGGGGAAGCUCCAGUGGGUCAGAUGGGAUGUCAAACGAAUCUCUUCAAAUUGUUUUAGCAACAGCUAGCUUUAUAUUGAUGUAUAUUUUUGUCAUCGAUGGGUUAGAACUUAUAAAGCUAGCUAGGGACUGCAUCAAGUUUGUGUCUGGUAAAGGCCAGAGUGUUCGAUUGAAGCGAGCCACAUACAAAUGGGUACGAUUAUACAAUAUUAUCAUUGAGAAGAAGGAAGCUAUCAAGAAUGGAUUGGAGAAAGCAUCCACAUAUUGGUUCCACCCUGAUUUCUUUCGAGGUCUCCUUAGGCGACAUUACAUUAAAUCAAAUCCACAAGAAUAAUUUUUCUAUGUACCUAUUCAUAUAAAUUGUCACUUGGGGCAAAAAAUACAUUCAAUAUCAAUUUUUUUGGCAUACAUGUUGCUGAAUUUUCACCUUAUCAGAAUGUUAGAGAAUCUAAAGUUCUUCAAGA